UCCAGUCCAUGCCACACGCCACUUUGUCAAAAAUGGUGGUGCAGAAAAUUGACUUACUCGAACCUUUCGAUAAUGUCACCCGUCUGCUCAAGAUUUUGGGUUUGUGGUAUUCCCCAAACGAGACAAUUGUGUACAAAAUUUACAAAAAUUUUGUCAUGGCAACGUGCUUUUUGUACACUCUAACAUGCACCGUUUACGGAUUCAAGUUCAUGUCUUUUGAGACUUUGGAAAUAGCAUUUGGGGCCGUAGAAGGAGUUCUGAAGAGUUUAAUGUUCCGCCUAAAAUUCCAAAAGAUCGCAGAGUCGUGGCAGCAAAUCCGCCAACAAGAAUUUCAGCCCAGAAACGAACAUCAAAGAACUGUUUUAAAAUGGUACAUUGAAGUGACAAAAUCGCUUUUCCUAGUUUACUUUUUCGGAGUCUACAUCGGUUGCAUAAGCGCUCUCACUGUGUCGUCUUGGUUGAGACACAAAGAUUUCCCAACAGACCACUGGUUUCCAUUUAAUUAUCGCAGGCCGUUCUUGUACCAAUAUAUUUAUGUUCAUAUAACAGUUGGUUUCUAUCUUACUGCUUUCUUGAACUGUGCCUCAGACUCUUGUUUUUACUUGUCAUUGCUGCACAUUACAGCUCAGUGUGAAAUUCUUGCGGAUACUCUUAAAAAUGUCCACGACUUGCACAAACUAAACGCGGCGAAAAAAAAUUCGGGACAGAAAGGUGAGGACGAAGUGAUGAAUCAGAUUCUAAUAGAAUGCAUGAAACAUUACAACCUGAUUAAAAAAUACACCAGUUUAGUAGCAGACUGUUUCAAAGAAAUUAUAACUUUGCAGUUCGUUCCAACGAUUGUAAUGAUUUGCAUUGCAAUGUAUAAAAUAUCCACGCUCGAGCCGUCGAACACGCAGUUUUGGUUUUUUGCGUUUACGGAACUCGGUGCUAUAACCCAAAUUUUCAUUUACUGUUUCGUUGGCAAUCUGGUCACUAGUACAAGUCAAAAAUUAUUCUAUGCAACGUUUGAAUCGCAGUGGUACAACGCGUCUCAAAAAUUCAAGAAAAAUUUAAUUACGGUGAUGAUGGCAGUUCAGCGUCCUGUUAUUUUUUAUGGUUGGAAUAUUUUUGCAAUCAAUUAUGCAACUUUCAAAUCGAUUGUCCAAACUUCAUGGAGCAUGUGUGUCGCUUUUAGAAGUACACAAGAUCUGUAAUCUGUUUUUCAGGUAUCACUUAUUACACGGUCUCACUGCUUUCUACACAUAUUAAUAUAAUUUAGAAUCAACCUGUAUAUUUUUGAGAAAAUUAAAAAAUUAAGUCUUUCUUAGGAUUCUUAGGAAGUUUGAAUUGUUAAGUUGAUGCCACGUUUGAAUUUCUUGGUGUACGGAAGAGAAGCGCUUUUAGAGUUGUAUAUUGACCAGAAAGAAUGGCGAUUUAUUAUUAUAUUCAAUAUAUUUUUUA